UGAGUGCAGGGGACCCUACACUCCAGCUCAGGUGGUGGCGGUAUCACGCCCAAAUGUAAACCGGAUUAGAUGCAAGAAGAAGAGAGUGCGCGUGUGCGGCAUUUGUCCCUAGAUCUGCGCAGGUUCAAGCUCAGAAUGAGGUACUGGUACGGUGUAAAGGGUCAUCUGGGAAAUCAUCCGGUUAAGCUGAUUUUGAGAGAAUGUUGGGAAUAUGAGUGCAGGGAAAUUACGAGCUUUGGUUGGUUAGUAAGGAAGGAGGUGGAUAAGUUGGAGCCGAAAAACCAUGAGAUUGCUCCUUCUGUGGCUCUACCAGCAAUUCCGCCUUGGUUGUUUCAUAACCCUGUGAUAGAUCUACGAGUUGCGAAGUUAUUGAGUAAUCUGGGGAAGAAUGUCUCAAUUGAACUAAUAGUUCAGCAGUACAUCACUCGAGAAUAUGAUGAUGCGCUGCAGGUAUUUACGGACGGCUCUAAAGACCCAGAAUCUGAAAGGGCUGCAGCAGCAGUAUAUAUCCCUGCUUUUGAGAAAAAGAUCGCAAAAAGACUUUCGGAUCAGGUGUCUGUUUUUGCUACAGAACUUUUAGCAAUCAUACUAGCCCUACAGUGGAUAGAAGAAGUGGAACCGGAAAGAACGGUGAUCUGCAGUGACUCGAUGGCAGCCCUCACUAGUUUAAGAAGUGGUAAAUCUGAAUCUAGGCAAGACUUAAUAUUAGAGAUUUUACAAAGUCUGUUUAGAAUUAGGCAGCUAAGGGUGGAGGUAAAUUUUCUGUGGGUACCUGCUCAUGUUGGUGUGGGUGGUAAUGAAAUGGUGGACGUGCUAGCGAAGAACGCACUGAAUCAUUCCCUGAUAGACAUCAAGGUAGCGUUGAGCAGAGCCGAAUUCAAGGCAGUGAUCUCAUCUAAAGUGGGUAGAAGAUGGCAGGAAGUAUGGAACAGUGGGGCUAAUGGAAGACAUCUUUUCCUGAUCCAGGAGACUGUUGGGACAGAGAGGAAACGAUUGGGAAAUAGGAGGAAGGAUGUUAUCGUCACACGGCUAAGAAUUGGACACGCUGCAUUAAACAGUGAUCUCUUUAGAAUAGAUUUGAUCAGCUACCCUCCCUGCCCCCAUCCAGUCCCCCCUGCUGCAAUCCCCCCUCUCUGCUUUCACAGCAAGCAGCUCCAGCCACACCUCUCUCUGCACUGCUAUCAGCUCACAGACAAUACACAACACACCUAACUCCCACCCCCUGCCGAUUCCCUCCAGUCAACACUCCAUCCAAUACACACUGCCCCUUACAGAAGCCCAGGUGAGAAUGGAGCUCAGGAAGAUCAAAGCGAGGAAGGCUGCAGGCCCAGACGGCAUCAGCUCCAAGACCUGUGCUGACCAGCUGUGCGGCAUAUUGCUGUACAUGUUUGACCUGAGCCUGAAGCUGGGAAAGGUGCCACAGAUAUGGAAAACAUCCUGCCUGUUCCAAAGACGCCGCGCCCAAAAGACUUCGGAGACUAUCGACCAGUAGCGCUGACCUCGCAUCUGAUGAAAACAUUGGAGAGGCUAGUGCUCACUCAUCUCCGACCUCUGGUGAGCCCAUCAAUGGAUCCACUUCAGUUUGCCUACCAACCUGGCAUUGGAGUGGAAGACGCAGUCAUCUUCCUCCUAAAUCGGGCUAUUUCACACCUGGA